GAGGCGCCGAGGGGGACAGCGCGCCGCCACCAGCCAGGGCCCCGGGCCCCCGCCCCGCACCUGAGUCCUGCCGGCCUUGAGCCGCGCCGCGCCGCCCAUGGCGCCCCCGCCUGGAGUCCCCCGGAGCCACCUAGACGCCUGAGCCCCCGCAGCGCUCCCACCCGCCCGCCCGCCCAGCAGCCCACCCGGCGCCCUCGCCCGCCGCUCUCCCGGGCUCCCCGGCCAUGUCUCCCGCCUGGCUCCGGCCCCGACUGCGGUUCUGUCUGCUCCUCCUCCUCCUCCUGCUGCUGGUGCCCGCGGCACGGGGCUGCGGGCCGGGCCGGGUGGUGGGCAGCCGCCGGCGGCCGCCGCGCAAACUCGUGCCGCUCGCUUACAAGCAGUUCAGCCCCAACGUGCCGGAGAAGACCCUGGGCGCCAGCGGGCGCUAUGAAGGCAAGAUCGCGCGCAGCUCGGAGCGCUUCAAGGAGCUCACCCCCAACUACAACCCCGACAUCAUCUUCAAGACGAGGAGAACACGGGUGCCGACCGCCUCAUGACCC